UUGACAUAUGCCAAGUUUAUAGCGAGUCCUCUUUACUGAAACCUCCCCACCAAUGUGGCAGAGGUUGAGCCAAUCCUGCUCGUUUAAACUGAGAAGACAACCAUAGCGACUCAAAUGCAAAAAACAAAAGGGUGCCAAGACGCUGGGACGAGUGAACGUGGGUGUAAAUAGGCAGUCAACACGCUUGGUCUCUCGCUUCCUCUCUUCCUCUCUCUUCUAUCUCUCCCUUCUCUCUCCCUCUGUUUCCUCUCUUUUAUUGUAUCAAUGAACGACUUAUUGAGUAGGACUUAAACAAACGGAAUCAAAAGCCUCCAUCGGGACCAAAACGGCAUCGCGCGCUUGUGAUAUGAGACUUGGCCACACGCUACAUGUGUUUUCACGUCCAUGUAAAUAUUGGCUGUGAUAGGACGAGAGCCCAAUCAGCUCUGGUACGGCUUGCUUUCGGAAACACAUUGUGACCAAGACUUACACCACCACUAUCAUCACCAUCUGCUGCUGUUGCACCCAGCUUCAACUCGCUGGCCGGUCCGAACGAAGAUGGCAACUUUAACCAACGGGCAGGUGGACGCCACGGUGCACGGUGUCGGUGUCGGUGUCGGUGUCGGUGUCGGUGUCGGUGUGGUCUCCGCCAGCACCAACGGGCUCGUGAACGGAUUAAGCCACAGCCACAGCCCGGCGGGCUGCCCGGCCACCAUCCCCAUGAAGGACCACGAUGCCAUCAAACUCUUCAUCGGCCAGAUCCCCCGCAACCUGGACGAGAAGGACCUGCGGCCCCUCUUCGAGGAGUUUGGCAAGAUCUACGAGCUCACUGUGCUCAAGGACCGCUUCACGGGCAUGCACAAAGGCUGUGCCUUCCUCACCUACUGUGCCAGGGAGUCGGCCCUGAAAGCCCAGAAUGCAUUGCAUGAGCAGAAGACCCUGCCGGGGAUGAACAGACCAAUCCAGGUGAAGCCAGCCGACAGUGAGAGUCGAGGAGACAGAAAACUUUUUGUGGGCAUGCUCAACAAGCAACAGUCCGAAGAUGACGUGCGGCGCCUCUUUGAGUCGUUCGGCAGCAUCGAGGAGUGCACUAUCCUGCGAGGUCCUGAUGGAAACAGUAAAGGCUGCGCAUUUGUAAAAUACUCGUCUCAUGCCGAAGCUCAGGCGGCCAUCGGUGCACUACACGGCAGUCAGACAAUGCCGGGUGCCUCGUCCAGUCUGGUGGUAAAGUUCGCAGACACAGAUAAGGAGCGCACCAUUCGCCGCAUGCAGCAGAUGGCCGGUCAGAUGGGCAUCUUCAACCCUAUGGCCCUGCAGUUUGGCGCCUACGGAGCCUACGCUCAGGUGCAGCAGCAGGCCGCAUUGAUGGCAUCAGUAGGCCAGGGGGGCUACCUCAGCCCGAUGGCCGCCUUUGCGGCUGCCCAGAUGCAACACAUGGCCACCAUCAAUGGCCUUCCUGGAGCUCCACUCACGCCCACGUCAGGCGGCAGCACCCCUCCAGGCAUCAGCGCCCCCACAGUGACCAGCAUCCCUUCCCCCAUUAGCGUCAAUGGUUUUACUGGCAUGCCACCCCCUCAAGCAAAUGGACAGCCCCCUGCAGAGGCUGUCUUCACCAACGGGAUACACCAUUACCCUGUGUUGCAGGAAGUGGUUUUUCGGGAGGAGUCUGAGAAAAAUGGCCUGGGUGUAGCUCCAAGGAGUUGUUUUGGGGUUCAGGGUGGCUGCUUCCUCUCUUCUCUAUCUGAAGCUCAAAGUCCCACUGCAGCUGAUCCUCUCCAGCAGGCUUACACGGGAGUCCAGCAGUAUGCAGCAGCCUACCCAGCUGCAUACGGCCAGAUCAGCCAGGCCUUCCCCCACCCUCCGACCAUCAUCCCACAGCAGCAACGAGAAGGACCAGAGGGUUGCAACCUGUUCAUCUACCACCUCCCUCAGGAGUUUGGGGAUGGAGAACUGAUGCAGAUGUUCCUGCCAUUCGGUAAUGUCAUCUCCUCCAAAGUGUUUGUGGAUCGGGCGACAAACCAAAGUAAAUGCUUUGGCUUUGUGAGCUUCGAUAACCCGGGCAGUGCUCAAGCUGCCAUCCAGUCAAUGAACGGCUUCCAGAUCGGCAUGAAAAGACUUAAGGUGCAGCUGAAGAGGCCGAAGGAUGCAAACCGCCCCUACUAGCCCCGGCCCCAGCCAGCUGCUGCCAUCCAUGGCGGCCGGGGUAGCUGUCGCACACAGGGGAAGACAGGUUUUGUAGAGCUGAAUCUCAUAUGUUGACUAUUUGCUACCCGCUACUGAACGCAAACUCAACAUCUGGAACGCUGAGGCUGCCUCAGAAGGAGAGGACAUCGAGAGAGAGAGAGAAAGAAAGAGGGAGAGAGAAAGAGAGCAAUCAGAGUCAUGGAAAAUUCCUUUUGGAUGUACUAAAAAAAAAACAAAAAAAAAAACUUUGGAACUCAGUGAGAAUUUGUACCACCUUGGUUUGCCCUUGGACCUUUUCUUCUGCACAUGUAAACACACCUCCUUCCUCUCAGAACCCUGCUUGAAUGACAGCUACUUUACCUUUUUCUGGACCACCACAACUUUUACUUGAGCAAUGAAGGGGGGGGAGGGGUAAAAGACAAAAAAAAAAAUCUAAAGAACUUUCAAUGACCAACCCCGCUGAACUUUUAAAGGGAACAUGGAUGUCAAAAGUCCAACAAGAACAUAAACUUUUUAAAAACUGAGUAGAGGAUUGCCCAAGGAGAUGUUUUCUGUAAAAUGCUUUGCGUUUGGGCCAGUUGACUUUGAAGAGACUUGAAACACAAAGGAACAAAUUCCAGAAGAGGGACCUUAAGUAGGGAAUGUGAUAUUAUCAGGACACAAAUUGGCUUCGACAUGGGAUGGCCGUCUUUAGCUUCGGAGUGCCUGUCCGUUUCCAGGGGAUACUGUUGCCAAGGAGAACCAUAGCAACGGUCUCCAGGGAGUCUUACCUGUCAUUCCUUAGUUGUUUUAGGGACCAAAAGACCAAACAUUUUUAUUGCUGAGGACUUGUAGCGCGAAAAUACUUGGACCACUCCAUCUCUUUCAGUCAGCGUUAACUGGCUCGACGAGAGCUGGACUCAAAAGAAGUGUACAUUUCCAAUAUAUGUAUACACACACGCACAACGCUUGUAUACGUGUGUAUAUACAUAAACAUUGCCAAUAUGCUUUUGGAAUACAGGCAAAGCUAUUUCGGAUGACCUGAUGGGGUCUCUCACGUUGUUAAGUUUACAAUUACUCCAAAUGUUUAUUUUUUUGUUCUCUUCUCAUUUUGUCUUGGGAGGGAUGGAGAGUGCAUGGGAGGGGCUGCUCCGCAUCACAGCCUUAUCUUUUUUAACUUAACAUCCUAACCUCAUAGAUAGAGUAACAUCAGAAACGUUUGAACUAUAUGAACUUGUUUAUAUUUGCAGUACAUAUAUAUGUAUAACAAGCAUUCAAGAAAAUGUAUUCAUAUAUACAGCAUAUAUGGAUAAGCAGAUAUUACUCACAAGCAAAUAUAUGUACUUAUAUGCACAUAUUUGAUAUAUGUGUGUCUGUAUAUAGAACGGCUACCGACUAUGUUGAGCUGUCGUUUUUUUCCCCCCGGUAGAUUUUAGCUGGAGUUUGAAACAUUGCUCUGCUUGGGAUGAAUCGCAAAACUGGCAGCUCCCAAAAACUGCAGGCAUUCCUAUCUCUGAUUACCUAUAUGCUGACACACAGUAUACAGUAUUGCUAGAAGAUACAUGUGUGACAAUGCACAUUAUGGUGUAAAUAUUGUCUGAAAAUGCAAAAAGCCACAUCUCAGUAGCAGGCUUCAAGAAAAAUCAGGCUCAAGUAUUUUAGAGGAAAAGGACAAUUAUCUUCGACUCUAUUCCAAACAUAUCUUUUAUGCUUUUGCACGCACGCGCAUACACACACACACACACACACAAACCUCUUUGAAACUUGAACCAAAAUGAAUACGUCUCACAACCCUUGCUCUCUUCUGCAUUCAGUAAAGUGCAUGUAGCGUACGGGCUGUCACCAUGUCAAGGUGUGCCUUGUCACCUGCAGAAUCUGCCAUCAAACACUGUGCUCUCCCCACAAAAAAUAUCACAAAAGAAUAAAAAAAAAACACACACACUUCUGCAAGCAGCCAGCGCACUAUUAUGAUGUCAAAACUACAAGCAGACCCAUAUCAGUUCUCAGCAUGCAUGUCUACAGGAACAAACUGAACACUGUCUAUCCAUCAAUGUCUUUUGGGGGGAAUAAAGCAACAUCUGGUCACAUGAUGAAACUUCAGUUAAAAAUGGGCAUUAGCACACCUGCAAGCACAGCUACGAACUAUCAAAGCUGCAGGCAAGGCACCUGUGACGAAGUCCAAAUUAGAAAUAAAGCAAAGGUCGGGACUGAGAUUCUAGAAGUAGGCAAUAAAUGUCAAGGAAGCUGUUCUGCUACUGACUUAAAGCGAUACUACGCUUCCGGUUGUAUCUACGGACAACUCUUGGCAUGAUGCAUAUCUCUUAGAAGAUGCUAUAUUGCCGUACGGCCUACGUUCUGAUGUAAUUAGAUAUAUUUAAAAAAACUGUAGAGUGGAGCAAUAAGUAUGAAAAAAACAUGUAUCCAUCAUAGCCACUGAGGCAGGUUUCAUACUGUAUGACUUUCGAAUACAAUUUGUGGUAAUAGCCACAAAUGCAGUACGUAUACAAAAGGUCACCAGAGUUAUUGGCCACGCUCAUUCAGCUGCUGGAGAUUACUCAAUGAAUAUUUAUACUUAUUUAUGUGAAUUUUUAUAGGGCUAUAUGACACUUCGGAAGACCACGCUUCCUGUUAGGUGUUACUAGUUUUCCUAUAAAUUCUUCAUUAUUCCAUGUCCCCAUCUAUGUUGAACCUUUUUAGCUUGUUGAAUAAUUUAACUGCUAAAACCAGACAGGCAAAAAUGUUUUUUGUUAAGACUUCAGAGGACGCCUGUGCACGGCUUGGGUGCGCUGAUAAUAAAUGUCCCGAGCAUGGCAAGCAGUGACUGGUGCCCAAGCUGUCUUUGAGCAAGCAGCAGUAACAGCUUAAGCUAAAAUCAGCUGAGUAUGUGGUGAGCCCGCUUUGACUGCACUGCAAAAACAAAAGACAAAAAAAGAAGAGCGUGUUGACGUGGAUUUGUUCUAGUCACAGGUGGUAGAAUGCCGAGCACAUCAUCUUCAUUCGACCGCAAGUUUACAUGAGGGAAAAAAAAAAAAAGUCUAAAAACGACACCAGGCAGAGCAGAAGUUUGAAUAUAAAUAUAUAUAUAGAAAUGUAAACAUAAACCGAUGAAUAUACUGUAAAUUGUUUUUUUUUGUUGUUUUUGCUCCGUUUUCCUCUGUACAUAGGUUUGCAUAUUUUAUAGGACUUUUACUUCUAUCUACAAGGACUGGAUAAAGUACUUUAAAUACUCAAAAAAUAUAUAUAUAUGAAGGAAAACAUGAUAUUGCUCAUUAAAACCAGGUACAAAAAGUUGCUAGGAUACAGUGCAAAAUGUAGGACCUGACCAAGGCAUUUAUCCAGAAAACAGUCAGGGAGAGCAUUGACCUCAGUUAGAGCUUAGACACACGUUGACCUAUUUUAUAAAAGAAAUACUUUAAUGGGUUCUUUUCAUUUGUCUAUUUAUUUACAAGUCAUGUCUGAGAUGAUAUGCAUGCUUUCAUGACAUUAUUUUUCUAUGAGUUGGUACGUGACCAAAUAGUUUUUAUAUGACAUGCAUGGGCCACCGGGUUGUGGUCCACAGAUGAUCAUUGUUCCUGUCUUCAGGACCAUGCCUUCAGCACUUCUUAGAAGACGGAGAAAACAGCUCCUAUUGACCAAGUGAUGUCAAAAACAGAUUUUAAUCUUUUAUUUGCGAUUGUUUGUUUAUUUAUUUGUCAAAGUGUAUUUAUUUAUUUGUGCUGUUUGAUCCAAGAUCUGAGCUCUUUUAUUGCCAUUGAGGGGUCUUGCAUAAAAGUGCCACUUUGUAUCACCAUCACUUUACCUCUUUAAUGUUGGAAAACUCCAAAAUAUCUACGACGGAAUAGUCUACUUCCUGUUUGAGAGCAAUGCAGUUGGCUACUGUGUUUCUAAGCCUUAUGUACAUUUCUGUUUAUAACUUAUUUAAGCUGGCUUUGUCGGUUUAAAGGGGAACUAUGAUGUUUGCAUUAUUAUACUUAUGCAGUAUAAUGUAUAUAAUGGUAAUGCUCAUAUCAAAUCUGGCUUCCACCUGCUCAGAGUAGAUACAUAGCGCCAGAAAUAAUCAUACUUGGUCCCUUUGGAAAAUGUAAAUCGAUUUUGUGGGUUUGAUUUUAUAAAAAAAAAACAAAAAAAAAAACCCUAGUUUAGCACCCCCUCUUUAAUUAACUGUACAAUCAAACAUAUAUGAACAACUUUUGCCUUGGAGUCACAGUGAGCUUCUGCAGUGUAAAGUGCUAAAUUCUUAAUGUAAAAAAAAUUAGUGACAUAUAACAGAAUUUUGGUCACAAAAACUUCAUUCCCCUCCUUCCAUUUUCUUGCUUUGUAUCGUUUGACAGAGCUCUGAUCUUGUUCAACUGAGAGCAAAAGUCAAGGAAAUCUGUACUUUGCCAUCCAAACUCAUGUGAGUUCCUGUCAUUUUAUGUACUAGGAUACAGUACAUGCUUUUAUUUUCAAAAAACUCAACAGUGACUGAAACAUCUGACGUCAUGUGUUAUAAAAGGGAUCAUGGAAAAUGUAUUUCCCAAUUUCAGCACACAGAGAGUGGGGAAAUGAAUGUUGCAUAAUCAAGCUUUGCCAGGUUCCUGAAGAACUAAGCUUCUGAUUGGCCAGUGCGCUUUAGGCUCCCGUCCCUGACUUUCAAAACGGCACCAUUCUCUUGUUCCCUUGACUCCUUUUUUGUAAUUUUGAAAUGAAUGAUGCGUCUCAGCUUAGGCCAAUAAUAAAGCACAGUCUAGAAGAA